AUGCUUCUGCUCGCGCCACCUUGGCUUUCCUUCUGCACCUUCUCCGUCUACUCCGGUCGCCACGGCCGAAGGCGACACGCAGAUAACCUGGAUGACGUGGAGGCCCAGCUCGCUCGCAAGGUUCCGGGCCAGGCCCAUGAUUCGCAUACUUCGAGUUGGUCGUCGCGUAGCUGUGGCUCCCAAGCCCACCAAUUGCGGUGCAAGCACUGGCCGUGA